GUGAGUACCGCACUAAAAUGUUUUAUGUUCUGACUGACAGAAUUUGUACGGUAAGGUCAGUUCACUGGAUUGAUUUUGUCAAUCGUUCAAACUCAUUUUUCCAUAUGUGUCACUUUUACGUGAAAAAACAGUUGAAUAUUUCGCACAUCCUAAAUGAGCAUUUAGCAGGCGAUCGUUUAGAAGCUAAUUGCAAUUACUUACCGUAAAAUAACUAUGAUGUUCACCUGAAUAUACUUAUGAGGACUAUUUGAGACUCGGAAGUUUUGAUUUUAAAAUGAGCAUUCCAGCUCUCCCAGACUGUGUAGGAAAAACAAUCUGAGAACCGAUCAGUUUCCAGGAUCUCGUAUGUUACACUAAAAUUGAUACAGACGACAAACUACUUUCCAUGAUCUCAAGAGUGAAAACAGACUAAACUAAAGGAAACUUUGCAGUUUUUCAGUCGAAAGCCUGGCGCAAAAGCCUCUGAUUAUCACUGCAGCAAUCUAUUUUAGUACUGUAACUGAACCUAUGUCAAUACAGGUCGAUCUGCAAGGCGAACAAACGAAAAGUCCGUCGAUAUGGAAGUGAAAGAUCUUACGUGGUACAGUCCUUUCGUGUUCUCAGCUGGAGCUAUUUUAAGUUUUGUUGAUCCCAUCACCGACAUACUUACAUUGGUAGAAUUCUACCGCGCGGAUCACAAAAUAUGGUUUGGUGUGGGGCUUACUUUUGUUUUAUUGCCAUGUUUGGCGUUUCCAGCGUUGUUUAUCCUGUUUCGUGCCCAAUUAACUGCUUCACCCUCUGGUUGGGCAAAAACUGCUCUUUGUGCAUUUCAUCCAUUUUCAGCAGCCUUCGCGAGAGUAGAAGCUUUUCUUUUCUGUCUCAAGAAAUGGUGGUCUGGAGGUGAAAUCAACCCGGUCCGCUCCGUAAAAGCUGACAAUGUACUCUAUUACAUUGACUUUGUUGUGCUCUUUGAGGCAGUCCUUGAGUCCGCUCCACAUUUUAUAAUUCAGUUGUACGCCAUCAGUGUUCAGGAGGAACCAGCUUCAAUUAUCCAAAUCAUUUCUCUACCGAUCUCUUUCCUCACUCUGGCAUGGGCCUUCACAGCCACCGAUAGGAGGUCUCUUGCCAUGCGCAAAAUAAUAUCCUGGAGCGGUGACCUGAAUGUUAAACACCAACUGGCAUUGUAUGUAACUCACCUACUUCUCCUGAGCAGUCGACUGUUCGCCAUCUGUUAUUUCACCGUCAGCUACAAGUGGUGGGUUAUUGCUGUGUUAAUGUUUCAUUCUUGUGUGGUAUUAAUGGCGAAGUUUAUUCAGAAUAGAGACAAACUUGAAUGUUAUGCCUGCUGCGUUUUCUCAACUAUAUUUUUCAUGGGCAUUCACUGUCUAAGAGACGACUUUGUAGAAUUUUCGUCAAAAGUAGCAAUAAUUGGUCCAACCUUGAUUGUGUUUUUGUCACAUAUUUUGUUUGUAUCAGAAAACCUUUUUAUGAUCCUGAUGUUUUUUCUCUCUCAUCAUUCCAACGCUUGGUACUCUUUACCAGUUACUGUUUGUGUUAGUGUGUUCAGUGUUCUUGGCUCCACAAUGAGAAUUUGCUUACUUCGUUGGCUAAGCAAGAAACCUGCCGGCGGUUCACCAGCUGCGAGCAGCGGUGAUGUGAAUGCAUGUGUUGCGAAGUAUUAUGUUAGUUCAGUAUAAUCAAGUCAUUCGCUUAUAUUUAGUCUGUAGCUACUAUUUGAAUUCGAAGUCCGAAGUUAGGUUUAAGCUAUCAAGAUGAGUUUCGAAGUUGUGACUAUCUUGUUUAGCUUCCAUCACUAAACGUGCGUAGUUGGACUACUGGCCUUGGGAGGCUAUUUUUCAUUCCAUUCCACUAUCCCGCUACAAUGAAAAUUUUCAUCGCGAUCUUGCCUGGUUAAACCUAAGUUGUAUUAGCACACCGCCUUAUUGAACUAGUGAUUGAUAAAUUAAUUAUAAAGCUUUUACAAUACUGACCAUGUCCUCUCAUUAUGGACAAAGGCAAAUACUUGCUUAGGGCAUAUUUAGCCGGCGUACAAGACGGUUGUUCCUCGGUGUGUUUAUCGUAUUUAUAAUUGAAACACUAAAUCUGCAUCUACGGACGGACCAACCAAA